GGAUUUCCAGUUUGCAAUUGAAUACAAAUCGUAAAGCACACAUUCGUGUACUACGGCGAGAACCGUACAGCUAUUUUUGUUGUUUGAUAUCUGUGAAAUUCCAAAAAUACAAACUCAUCGAUAAUACCGUCGAUUGUGAUUUGGUGAAAGGUAAGAAGAAACAAUGGCCCGUACCAAGCAGACUGCUCGUAAAUCUACUGGAGGAAAGGCUCCACGUAAACAAUUGGCCACCAAAGCUGCCCGUAAGAGCGCCCCAUCGACCGGUGGUGUCAAGAAGCCACAUCGUUAUCGUCCAGGUACCGUCGCUCUUCGUGAAAUCCGUCGUUACCAGAAGUCCACCGAAUUGUUGAUCCGCAAAUUGCCGUUCCAACGUUUGGUGCGUGAAAUCGCUCAGGACUUCAAGACCGAUUUACGUUUCCAAUCGGCCGCCAUCGGUGCUUUGCAAGAAGCCUCCGAAGCUUACUUGGUUGGAUUGUUCGAAGACACCAACUUGUGCGCCAUCCACGCCAAACGUGUCACUAUCAUGCCGAAAGACAUCCAGCUCGCUCGUCGUAUCCGAGGCGAACGUGCUUAAGCGAAUCGAAAACAACAAAUUUCAACAAUUUUUCAUUAAUCUUACAAUUACAUCAUAUUAAAUACGAUAGCUGUAUUGAUUCUGUGUAGUACAUUUUUCAAGAAUAGUUCAGCUUAU